AUGGCCGGGAUGUUUAUGCUAAGACAUUCGCUAUAUCGUGAACAGCCAUUCCCUACCUACGACGACUGCAUGAAUACCGACGAAGUGAUCGACUACGCAACCGAUGGAAUGUCGGACACAUCGGCGCUGAUUGGUUUUGUUGCUGGUGAUACGCCCGGCUGCAGCUAUACAGGAUUUCCUGCUGAAGAUCCGGUGUAUGAGAAAGCAAUUGCGGAAUGCUAUAUAAUCAAGGAGAGUCCAUCUUUUAGCGAAGGAAUCCUGUUGAAAUGUAUCGAUAAGCAACCCAUGUUUCCCUAUCUGCACUUGUCGCAGUUCCAAUCUUUGGAUCAUCAGCAACGACAGGGAGAAAUCGACGAUUUGAUCCAGGAAUGUCGGGUGUUCCCGCAAAGUUUGUUUGGAUCCUACGAAGAAGUGUACUCAAUCCAGAAAACUACUACCGCUGGGGAGGCGCGACUACCAUCGAGUAGACAUGCUGGAUAUAUUGUCAUAGGAUUCAAAAUACUUGAUGAAUCGUCAAAACAGCAAAGUCUAGAAAAAUCUUGGCUUUCAUGGUCAGGUGCCAGAGAAAUCUAUAAACACUCGCCAAGAACCUGGAAUCUUCGUCGAAUAUCCCUUCGGAAAAAUACGUCAACAAUUCGAUCGCCUUCACGUCCCUUUGCCUAUAUUCUCUUAUGCGAAUUUGGCUCCAUCCUACAUCCAUCGAAUACAUUGCAAGCAAUGGACAUGUGUGAAAGAUUGCGUGUACGCAAUUGCGGACAUAUCUCAUUAUAUCAGGUUCAUACCUCUUAUAGUGCAAAUGUGACAACGGCCAGAAAGCCAAUCAGUAAAUCGCUAACUGCCACAAAACGGGCCGCUAUGAUUCGUGGAUUCAGUCAUGAUGUGGAAGCUCCGCCUCCAUCAACGGCAACCGAAGAGCGGCGUGCCAGAAUGCGAUUUCGAGAACGAAGUUUUCAGUAUCCGGACGAGCAUUAUACUGCAUAUCAAUGA